AUGGCGGGUUACGGGAAGCAAAUUCUCGUACGGGACGUGUUUUUAUGGUCCAUAUCUGCCAUCUAUCUCUUUGCGUUUUCCUCUCUCUACAUACAGAUACCAGGUAGAUUUGAUUUGAAACUGUUCAUUUUUCUAGCGUAAAGGUUUGUGAAGUGUUUUUGUCGAUCUAUCUUGUAUGCAGGUCUCUAUGGACAGAACGGCGUCCUCCCUGCUAAGCUUACGCUAAGGGAAGGUGAGAUAUGUAGUACUUGUCGAUGUUUUUGGUCGUUCAGGUAAAGAUUAUAGCAAGGAUGCUACCUUCUUUCGUUUAGGGGGAGUGUUAACGACUCCCUUAUCAUUUUAAUUUACCACGCGCCAAAAUCACUGAAUGGGCUAUUGUUUUAAUUUGUUUUGAUUCAUGUUAAGCGAUCAUUUAAAUACACGUGGUAUUUGGUUAAGCGUCAAUGUAUAUUUUUUAUGUAUUUUUGAGUUUGCUGUCUUGUCAAAGAAGUAUUAGGAAAGGAAUACGCACAGCCCCACAUUUCAUUAUGCAUACGGUUAUUGGAUAAAUAAAACAAUGGAUUGCCUUUAGGACUACGGAAUGGUAUCGGGUUCUUCAGAAAUCUUUCCAGUCUCAGUCUAAUAAGUGCUUAAUUAACCCUUUAACACUCAGAAGUGACUAACAUUCGUAACUUUUUCCUUGAUUCCAAUAUUUUAUCUUGCAAACGUUUUCUUGGUUUUAAAAAUAGAGAAGCCUUUCAGCCAGAGGGUGUAAUCGUGUUAUAACACUUAGUUCUCCAAUCUAAUUUAUUAGGAAAUGUAUGGUAGUAAUUAGGGAGAAUUACCAAAUGCAUCUUGGGAGUGAAAGGGUUUAUUUGGCCAUAGCUGAUCAUGGCACAGAGGAAGGGAAGCCUGCAAACUACCUAAUACUUUCACAUGGGUGAUCCUGGCCAAAAGUUACACAACACAAAUUACAAUUAUUUUGAAAUUCAAAUCAUCAGGAUUUUCCUUAUGCUCUGCAAAAAUUGUUUUAGUAUGGUAAAAGUAGAAAAGUGUGUUACGAUGUGAGUGAACAUUUAUUGAAUAGAUAAUAGGAGUAAAACAAGGGCUUAAUGUUAUGAUGUGUUAAAUUAGAUCUAGAGUUUAAGAUCAAUUUUAAGCUGUAAAUUAAUAUCUUUAGUAAGCCAAUCAGUGGAAGAAAAUUUCUGGCACAAGCCCACCCUGUUGUGGUUCACGCCAAGGCUGGGACUGAAUACAGAAACAGGAAUGGAAUUGUUAUGUUUGACUGGAAUGCUUCUCUCUCUGUUGGCCAUGGCACUGAAGUCCUGGAGGGACUCUAUCAUCUUCUUUGUUCUGUGGUUUCUUUACUACUCUUUAUAUCAGGUAAAACAAAGUGUUUGCUGGAAGGCUGUUUGUUAUGGGAGACUGUCCUUCCCUUACAACAAUUCCAUUGAUUGUGAGAUGACUUUUAAUGAUGGUUCUUUCUUUUAGUUUUUAUUUUAUGCCUCCUUGUGAAUUGAUGAUUUUACAAUUAUACCAACUAUCUUACAACUUUGUCUAUUCUCAUGAUUAGUUUAAUGGGGGAUAUUGUGAUAAAGGAUAUAGUUAUUUGGGUCAACAAAGACAUACUAUACAUGUAUUGUUUUCUCUGAAAAAUUAGAAACUCAUUUCUUUCAAAUUUAGGUUGGACAAACAUUUGUCUACUUUCAGUGGUAAGUUACAUUCAGAUCUUCAACAUACCUUCUGUUGCCACCAAAAAUUAUAUUGACGUUAUUCAUUUUAAAUUUGUAUUUUUUUCUCCAUCACAUUUUCAUUAGUUCUUUUGUUUUAAAGUGCAAUAAUUUCUUUGCUAUUCUGUUACUUUUUUCUGCAUAAUUUCUCUUUCUUUUUAUCAUGCAUGUAAAAACCUUACGAUAAAUUGUAUCCAUUUGGCUUUAUUAUUUAACUGUGUUGGAUCAUGUUUCUCAAUCGCUUUAAAUCAUUUUAUAUUGUGUUAAACCAGGCAUUUGUCCUCAGAUCUGGUACAACAUUUCUAAGUGUCUUUGUUGUCCUUUAUAUCGUUUUCUUGUUUGUCCAUUUCUUUGCAUAUAAUUGUAGUAACUAAUGUAAUAAUGUUUUAGUAACCACUUCAAUUGUUCACUUUGCUUCAAUUUUUCAGUUGGUUUUGUUUUGUUUGGACACAUUCAAGUAGUUUUGGCUAUCACACUUUCAGUAGAUUUAUCAGAGAAAAAGUUUGCAGUGGCAUUGUUUUAUUUCCAGCUGAUUAUUUACCAACACUUGCAUGUAGUUUGUACGUCAAUGAAAGUCAGCCCUGAUUGUUAGAUAGCUUGUCAAUAUGCUGUUGCUUUUGUUGAAGGUGUUCUAUUCAUGAAUUUUUGUUCCUUUUUUUAGGGAUAUUCUGCUUAUGGAAACUGGAUUUUUGACAAUUCUGGUAUCUCCUCUCAAUAUAUUCAAAUCCAAGGAUAACAAGUAGGUAGUGUUGAAUUUACAUGUUUGUCUAAAACUUAACUUUAAGUUUACCCUUAACCCUUUAACCUCUAAGAGUGAAUGGCAUCUAACUUCUUCUUACAAUAUCACACCAAAAACACGCAUUAAGGCCAUGAGAAUAAAGGAAAUGAUCACCAACUACUGAAGCUCCUGAUUGUCAAAUAAGUUCUCCAUGUCAGCACCUAAGGAACUGUAUAAAGAACAGUAAAGAGAAUGUGCAAACUGAUUUUAGGUUGUAAAGCUAAUAAAAUACUCAAAUGGUCAAAGCUGAUAUUUGUCAAUUGUUUCAGAUCUCAGCGUCACCAUGAUAACAUCACACUGUGGUUAGUGAAGUGGCUGGCAUUCAGACUUAUGUUUUGUUCUGGAGUUGUUAAGUUGUCAAGCAGAUGUCCAACAUGGUGGGGGCUUACUGCUCUUGACUGGCAUUAUGAGUCACAGGUGUGCUGGACAUUCUCAUGAUGCACUUAGUAUAAGUAGUAAAUCAAUGUACAUGAAAAAAUUAUGUCUGUCUGAUUGGCUAAAAACGAUUACAUUUUUCAUGUAACAGGAGUGUAAAGUCGUAAUGCAAGGUCAAAGUUGUAUCACUAGUGUAAAUUUCAAAUAACGCAUGCACUGCAAAAUUUUGUUCAUUUUGACUUUCUGUGAUGCUUGUGCAAUGUUUUUGUCUUUAUGAGUGCUUAUUAUACCAAAUUGCAAGAGAAAUCAUGUUAUUACUUGUUAGUAAUGUACAUGAGGAAACAUCACAGAAAUUCUAGAUAGACAAAAUUUUAAAAGUGUAGGUGUAAUUUGUAAUUUGCACUUCUCUUACAACUAUACUUGUGUUGCAACUUUGCACUUUUGUUACAACUUUGCACUUGUGUUACAUGUGAGUAUUCUCAUUACUUGUUUGCUGGAAAAUUUAAGGUUAUUUUGGGAGAAGUUACACAUUAAUCACUUCUGGAAGUUACAGUGUUAAGCACAAGUGUGGUCUUAUUUAUUUUAUGAAGAAGAAUAUUCAGUUGGAGAUUAUAUUAAAAGAUGUACUAUUUCCAUCAUCAAGUUAAAGGAACUUUCCCUUUCUCUAACAUGGAGAAUUAUCUGUGUUAACUGGAAAAAAAAUUAUGGCUUCCAUAAUGUCCCUGUGCCACACCCAAUUCCUAAGUGUAGGGAAAGAAUAGAAUUCAAAUGCUCAGCAUAUGAGGGGGUCAUCCCAUGGGCUUUACAUUUAUAGGUGCACAAACAUUUUGCCCUCUAUAUGUGAGCAAUUUAGAACUAUCCUGAAUAUAGAAAAAAAUGUUAAUUGAUAAGAGCCUAUUUGAAGCAACUGUUGAAGUAAAUCUCCUUUUUUUUGGGUUCGCUUAGUGCAGUGUGAGUGGGUAAGUUGAUAAGCCUUCUGAAAAAGCAAGAUGCUAGUCCAAAAUUUUAAUUGUAUAUUUGAACUGUUUGUUUGUUUGUUUUUUUUUUUGUUUCAGUGCAUUCCCACUCCACUGGCCUGGUAUGCCCAUCAGCUUCCAAAAUGGUUUCAGAAGCUUAGCAUUGUCUUAACGUGAGUAGCAUCUGUAUAUAAUAACAUAGUUUCCUCAUACAUAACAUCACAGUACUAUUGUUUUCCGAUAAUAUUAUAUUUGGUUCCUUUUCUUUAUAGUUUCAGUGUUAGACAUCAGAGAAGUGUUACUGGUUGCUUUGUAGACCACAUAUUAACCCUUUACACCCUAACAUCAGUAUCCAUAUUCUGUAUACUCUUCUCUAUAUGCAUCUUCUGGUACUGACAAGGAGAAUUCACUUGAAGAUCAAAGCUUCUUAGGUUGGCAAUCAUUUCCUAUAUUUGCAUGAUCUUAAUAAAUAGUUCAGCAGUAUUUCAGUAACGAGAAAGUAGAUGCUGGUCUCUCUUAGGGUUAAAAGGGUUAGAAAUGUGUUAAGAUGGUUCCAUAAAAAAAGCCAAAGAAAGAUUUUCAAAGGGAAAAAAUAUUGGCAAAAAUUUGACCCCUCUAUUGAAUCUAAAUGUAUCUUCUAAAACAGGCUUUUUGAAUUCUUAAAUGGAAUACUCCUAUCACAUUAAUUUCAUACCAUUAUUAUUACUUGACUUAAUGUUGAAAUCCUUUUUUUUAAUUUAAUUUUUACAAUUUUAAAGGGUAACAUUACUUAGAAUUACAUUAGAAUCUUGGGAAGUUUUCAAUCAGUUGCAGAAGCUUUCAGUCAUUGGUGUACUGAAACAUUAACACGCCAAUGAUGUUAUCCGUGGCGCGUUAUUGUUUUGGUGUAACUAUGUCAUCAACCAAAGAUAGAGAAUAAAGUUGCAAUAGUGUAGGUGAGACUUCACCAGCUCACAUAACUAAUGUGCAAAAAUGUAAAGGUAUGCUGAUCAUGCAACUUAAUUCAAUUCUGAAAUCAGUUUCCUUCAAACUGACCAUUUCAUAGUAGUAACUACUUACCACACACCACACCUCAUUGUGUAAUGGUAAUAGGCCUGAUUAGAGUCCAAUUCAGUCUGUAAUAGUAUUAUACAUGUGAUAAACAAACUUGGGGGACCACAAAAGGGCAGUAAGUUUAGUAAAAGUAAGAUUAUUGAAUAAUUAAAAUAAAAACAUGCGCAUUAGCUUAGUCAACUGAAACCUAAGAAUUCAUUAGGACUUAAAUAAGAUCAUAUGAAGCUUGAUUGAAGUAUUUGAAACACAUUAACCUAGAUAUUGAAAUGAUGCCAAAAUUGCUGAGUAGAGAUGUGGGUAUUAUCACAUUGGCUCGCUCUCAAAUGGCUAAUGCUCAAAACUUCAGUUUAAAAACUCUUUACAGUGGCCAAAUUACAGUUUGGACUCAAUUGAUAAACCCAAAUUAUCUUUUUAUACCCACAACUGAUGCAACACCACAUAUUUUCAUGUUGGUUUGUGGCACAUGUGGUGAACAAGAUGAAAUUUAGCUACCUGCAAAUGUACUAACAGUUCACGAUGGUGCUAUAUAGCAGCACCAAAGUAAACUAAGACAGGCAUUUUACUCGGCAUUUGUUUUUCUUUUUUUCCAUUUCUUUGAGAGGAUUAUAUUUAUUUUGUUUUACCAUUUUCUCCAAUACUUUUUUUUUCAUUAUUCUCGAUUUUCCUCCUGUUUCUUUUAUUUCAGAUAUGUUAUUUUAAUGGCACUUUCUUGGUUGUUUUUUGUUCCUGUUCGAUCCCUGAGAAUAUUUUCAUUUUAUUCACAGGUAAUUAUGGUUUGGCAGUUUUUCUUUUUUCACCUCAGUUGUAAUGGUGACUUCAAAUUAAUUUCUGUUAGGUUCAUUAUUUCCUCAACAACCUGAUCCUUGUUGCCUAAGAGAUUUUAUAAAAAGCCGGUCACCAAGACUGCUACCUGUAAGACCUCCCACUGCUAUUUGUUCAGCAGGCAAACUGGCUUUUGUGUUUGUAUUGCACCCAACAAUACAGCUGCCUAUGACACCGUCUGCAGCCGCUCUCGGAGAAAUUUAUUGAAACCCUGCAUAAUGAUGCAAAACAGGGGAGUGUGGAGGAGGCUCUUUACUUUUCUUUUAUGUCAUCAGAGACAAACGAAAGCUUUUCAAUGCAUGAUCAUUCAAUAUCUAUGAACAAACUAAUGAAAGAACUUUUCAAUGUAUGUUUCAUUGUUUAAUGAAAGCCACAUACUUAAAUUCCAACUGUAGUUAUUCCCAAGUCCUUUACAGGUGUUGAUGUUACAACAUUGUUUCUCUGUUGUUUAUUUAGAUAUUCUUUCAAGUUCUGAUUAUUCUUACUGGCAACUACAACUUCUUCAACCUACUGGCAAUUUCAUUAUUGUUGCCAAUUCUUGAUGACGAGCAUCUGGUCACAAUUCUACCAUCUUGGCUUGGUAAGAAGACUUGAGAAUCCUUUGCUAGGUUUAUUUGUGUUAUGUUUUUACCAUUAUUUACAUAAUUUGAUUUCCUUCUACAGUUGAAAGAUCCACCAUUCACAAACCAGCUCAGAAAAGCAAAAUUGUGAAGGUGCUAGGGAGAAUUGCCUCAUUUUCAACAAUAGCAGUCAUAAGUUAUGGGAUGGUCAGGCUCUUUGCUUUAGAGCUUUCUUCUAAAAGCAUUGUCAAGGCCAAGAUAAGUAAGUAGCAAAUUUUAUCAAUUUUUUGGCCCUCUCAAAUCUUCCUUUUUAACCCUUUAACCCCUAAGAGUGACUUGCAUCUAAUUUCUCCCUACAAUAUCACCCCUGAGGCACACAUGAAGGUCACGAGAAUAAAGGAAAUGAUCAGCAGCUUAAAGAAGCUAUUGAUUUUUAAGCAAGUUCUCCUUGUCAGUAAGUUAAAAAUGUGUAGAGAACAGUUUGGAGAAUAUGCAUACUGAUGUUAGGGUGUAAAGGGUUAACUUAAAAGUAGGUGAGGGGUAGGUUAACAUUCUACAUUUAGCUAUUACCCACUUUCCAUUUGAUGAAUGAAGCCUGUCUGUCAAUCAAACUUUCUACUGGCUAACAUUGUCUGCUUCAUUUUGCGUAUAGCAUUCUCUCAGAAUCAAUUCUUCAAGGCAGUGGAUCAAGCAGUGCCAGUUACCAUAUGGCUUGGUGUCUUAUCGUUGAGUGUUGAGAUUAUUGCAUCAGUGUCAGGGUAAGCUUAACCCUUAAAUUACCAUGAUCUGAUUGUUAAUUCUCCAAUCUACCUGCUACACAUUUCCUAAUAAAUUUGGUGUCAGAUCAAGAUAACAACUUCUACCUGAUAAGUUUGAGUUUUCUCAUCUAUUGUUGGCUGGAUAAUCUAUAGAUAUUAUAUAAAGAAGUUACAUAUCAAUCAUUUCUGAGAGUUGAAGGGUUAACUUGAAGGAUAAUACCACAUAUGUGGUGAUUGUGUGCUACAACAUGCAUGUAUCAGGUGACUGGAUCCUUGCAGGCAAGGAUCAGAGAGAGAAGAAAGUUAGGAUCUUGCAGGCCUGUUUUUGGGUGUAUGUGUGGCAUAUGCUGUUUGUUAGUGUGGGCAGUUGAAGGUAUGCACAACAACCAACAGCUUACCGCAUAAGUAGAAAAUAGUUAUGAGGAUGUUUAAUAACCCAAUGGUCAAAAUCAGAAUAUCAGGGACCUUGUCUAAUUUGGCAGUGUGGCCAAAUGGUUAGGGUGCUGGGUUUGUAGUCUGAUAGUCCUUGGUUCAAGCCCCUCCAUCCUGUCAAUUACUGGAUAUUUUAUUGGUUGCCCUUGGUUGAACCUGAUUAAGAACCUAGGCAACCUAAUUUCACGGCAGUCGACAUUUGUAUGAGAACUUACAGAAGCUAACUUGAAAAAACCUGGGUUCUUACAUGUAUGUUUUUUUAAUUCUACAACAGUUGUGUUGAUUUUGUAGGUGCGUCAAGCAAAAAGGCAUCUUGAAUAAGUUAUGGUCAUUACUGCAAUGGGCAGUAUUCAGUUAUGCAGCUCUAGGAAUGUUUGCAAUAAGCCUGGUAAGGAAAGUUUUUGAGUAAAUAAGGGUUUGUGUUGAAAAAAUAUAUGAUCUAAACUGAGGGAGUAUCAAAAGCAGAGAUUUUGUUAUCUGUAUAUGUAUCUGGAAAUGUAUAGGGAAUAGUAUGGAGAAAGUGCAUACUGAUAUUAAGGUCAAUAGCUCAGGGAAGCCAAUGAUUUCAUUGUCAGCAUGAGGUGCUAUCCAUCAGUCCACAAGGAUCUUGUAGGCUUACUUCUCAAUUUUCUCACCCAGUCAAGAGGUAUCUAAGUUGUGGGCCUCUUAACAGAUUUUUGCCUCAUGGGUAGUUAUUGUGCCACAGUUAAAAAGGGGCUAAGAUACUAAUACAAGCUGCUUUUUUUUAUCUUCUUUUGAAGGUUCCUUACACAGAUAUCAGUCAUAGUGCUAAGUCAAAUUUGUGGCCUGUGAUCUCAAGAUGGCGUCAAAAGACAGAUUCCUUUGAACUUGUGAAUGCAUACGGAUUAUUUAGAAGGUAAGGAAUGAAGUUCACCUUCCAGCAAAACUACUCUUGCACUUUGCAUAGCAGGCUAAAGCGAUUUUCCUCCUCUUCUCUUGACACUUUAGUAUGACCGGUGUUGGUGGGCGCCCAGAGGUCAUUAUCGAGGGAAGUAAUCAUCCUGAGGGGCCCUGGUUGGUAAGAUGUCUAUUACUGUACGUUACGCGCAGGUUCUCAUAAACAGUGGGGCAUGAGGGGCUAAGCCUGCAAGAUUCAAGCCCACAGGGGCUUGUGAGAGGUCUGGCACGAAAAAUGAGUCACUCUCAUUUUCGUGCCAUAACCGCCGCAGACCUCCCGCAGGCUCGCGUCCCUUGUCGGUGUUUGAAUCUCGCUAGCUUUACUAUUCGUGCCACAGCAUUAAUAAUAAGAGCCUGCUCGCUGGCCACCAUUCCUGUUUAUCUCCUUGAUCAAUACUUCUUUCUACUAAAGUGGCAGCAAACCACUAAACCACUAAACCUUACCUGUAUUUAUUUGAUUGCUCCCUUCAUAGGAAUACCAUUUUCACUACAAACCUGGUAAUGUUUCAGAGUCUCCACCGUUAGUUGGUAAGUGAAUGGCUUUUUUUUCUUUUACUAUUCCUAUUACCGAGGUACAAAACCUAGAUUAGUCUUGAAUUUGUACACAGUUGUGCGAGCCAUAUAAACAAUCUAGAUUUUUUUUAGAGCAAUUCUCACUUGAGUGUCGAAAGUAAUCCGGAAUGUCGUUGGUUUCCUUUACUUCGCUCUGUGAUUAGCCCAAAAAAACUUGCGCCACUCUCUCAACCAAUCAGAUGCAAAACUAACACCAAUCGAGACUUGGUCGCACGCGUUUUCCCUUCCCGCGCUUUGGACAGCUAGCUUGGCUUUACUUUGAAUUCUCAUUGGUUCUUAAGGCAUUUUCCUUUCCUCUGAUUGGUUGCUGUGACAGCUUUGGUUUUUGUUAUACGGCACUCAAUCGAAAACCGCUCUAGCUUUUUUACUGUCACUCACUGCCACAUGCCUUCUGUAUUUCAGCGCCACACCAGCCACGUCUUGACUGGCAGAUCUGGUUUGCGGCGCUUGGAAGCUAUGAAUAUAAUCCGUGGUUUGUACACCUUGUCUACAGAUUGCUUCAGGGCCAACAAGAUGUUUUGGAUCUUUUGGCGAAAAACCCUUUCCCGCGCAAACCCCCCACUUACAUCAGGGCCCGGCAUUACAAAUACCACUACACAGAGCUACCAAAGAAUAUUUCUUCUGUGUCUGAUAUUCUUCAUAACAACAGGUCAGUAAAGUCACAAGAUUAGGAAGCACAGCCAUGUCGAUGAAUUAUGGAGCUUUCGCCCUCAACUGUCCUAUCUAAAUAGUGUACCUUUAACACAGAAUGUUGUGCUGAUAAGCAGCCUGAAAAUAUAAAAUCAAUAUUGUAGUAAGGCUCACAAAACGACUGAAAGGGAAGAGUUGAACUUUUGAAGACCAGACGGAGAAGUCCACUAGAGAUGCUUCAUCGUUUCAGAUGCCUUAUCUCCUAGAAUUUGGCAAUAGAUGUCAGAAACGCUUUAAUAUACGACCGGAAUAUUUUACCAUUCAGGGGCUCCUUUCCAGAAUUCCCAUCAUAGCCAGACGUAAGCAUGUGACUUAUAUGGGUUGGACGUUUUCUUCGCCAAUAUUGCCAACUUUAGCAGAGACUUUUCUUCGACGCCUCUUUACAAUCAUUGUUGAGUUAUUUACACCUCUUACUAACCGAGUUCGAGGUCCGUCCUCUAAGUUGCGGACGGAGUUUUUAGCGCUCGGAUUUUUGGCUGAAGCGCAAGGCGCGCAGGCCAUAAAGCCGAACUGAAAAAAUGAGGUUCCGGAACUUACAGUACGGACUGAGAAAACGAGGUUAGUUAGAUAUUUAUUAUGUCUUUAGGUUCUAAUAGAGGGUAAAGUUUCAAUGGAAAAAAACUUUAGAAUUUUUACUACCUCUACACUUCAGUGACACAUCAUAGCGCAUGUACUAACUGAGAGUUAUGCUGUUGUGGAUUAGGUAACAAAUUGCGGUUUUCUCUUCAACAUAUAACCGGUUGUUAUUUCCCUAAAUAAUGUCUAUCCUGUUGUGUUUUUCUUUCAGACUGGUAAAGCACUGGUGGUGGAGAGACAGUCCUAGGGAAUAUCUACCAAUUCUGACUGUUAAUGAACCAACACUAAUCAACUGGCUUAAUCAAUAUGGCUAUGCUAAGGUUUGUAAUCAUGAGUGCCGUGUAGUUUUAUCCUAAUGUAUUGAACUCGUUUUGAUCUUAUGUGUGAUGGUUUUGAGUGACUUUCAUAUGACUGAGUGACUGAUUGAUCGACAAGACGGUCUGACAGACUAACUGACUGACUGAUUGAUCAACGUACCAACUGAAUGAAUAGCUUACUAACUAACUGAUAGACUGGCUGACCGACUGUCACACCCAUUAAACUACGGACUGACUAGCUCACCAACUAAUUGUCUGAAAGACUUACGGAAUAAAUGACUGACUAAAUUAUUGCUGGACUCGCCAACUUUUACUGGCUGACGGCAAAGUGGCUGACUGACUGGCUAGGCCACAAAAUGUGUGACCGGCCCAACUGGCUGACAAACUGUAUGACCGACUUACACUGACUGAUUGAUUGACUGACUGGUUGACUGGCUAACCAACUGGCUGGCUGACUUACUGCCUGACCAAUAGGCUGGCGGUCAUAUUUACUGACUGACUUGUGCCGCCUGAUUGAUUGACUGAUUGACUGACAAACUGACUGACCAAACAAAUGACUAAUUAAAUGACAUUUGCGUCGGAGCGUCAAACGUUUAUUUGUUUAUCGCGUUCGACAAGAGAAAACGCAUCCUAAUCAUGUCGUUUUUCCCGAAAUUAGUCUCGAUGGCGGCUAUUGAUUUUCUCUUAUUUAUUAGUAAUAGUUGACAAAUGUAAUUAUCCUUGUUGCAGAAUGAUCCAUGGCCUGAACGACCGUCAGGUCGGCUCUACAGAGCCAUCAAGUAUCUGCGCUCCAUCGUACGAAAAUUGGACGCGCUUCGGUUCAUGUUAGGGCUGUUUUCCUGUGGAGUGAUUAUGGCAUUUUUUAAUCGCUAUCGGUCUUCAAAGCAACGAUGAUGAAUAUACAUAAAAUAUCAUGACAAAUGGUUGUAUUACUUAGAAAAGUUUAGAGAUAAGUUUAAUGACUAUCUAGCGAGGACAUUCCCGCCUUUACAAAAUCUCAAGUCCUUCGUGAUGAAUCAACAGAAAUAAGUUCAGAUAAAGCACAAUAUAUUAUUGUCUUAUAGCGUUCGUAUGUUUCUUUACAUAUGAACAUGUAUGAGAAAUUCCUGUAAGAAAUGAUAUGAAGAUAUAGAGGAUAUUACAUGGCCGCUUGGGGAUACCAAUUUUUUCUUCGAGUGCUGAAAGUAUCUCUCACGAGAGAGC